AUGCAGGGUGAAGAUAUUCUGAAGAGGUUUGAGACGCUACUUGCAGAGAAUGUCUCUGUCUAUGUUGCAGCAAGUAUGCCAACCCUGGCUACUAAUUCAACUGACCUUGAGCUUUUAGAAGAAAAAGGGGCUCAUGUAAAGAAGAUUGAUUUUGGACAUUUGGCAGGAGGAGUGUUGCACAGCAAAUUCUGGAUCGUAGACAUGAAACACAUAUAUGUUGGUAGUGCAAAUAUGGACUGGAGAUCUUUAUCUCAGGUGAAAGAAUUUGGUGCUGUGAUAUACAACUGCAGCUGCUUGGCCAAAGACCUCUGGAAAACUUUUAGUACUUACUGGGAUCUUGGACAUCCUAAUGCUACCAUCCCAUUCCCUUGGCCUCUUAAUUAUUCUACCCACAUUAACAAGCAUCAGCCUCUGGAAGUAGAAUUCAAUGGAAUCUUGACAAAAGCCUAUUUUUCUGCUUCUCCUCCAGCAUUUUGUCCAGAAGGUCGCACUGAUGACCUCUUUGCUAUAACCAGUAUUAUCAGUGAGGCACAGAAAUUUGUCUAUGUUUCUGUUAUGGAAUAUUUCCCUACCAGCCGUUUCAUUCACCCACAAAGGUACUGGCCAACCAUUGACAAUGCUCUGAGACGCGCAGCUUUUGAAUACAGAGUACAAAUUCGGCUUCUGGUCAGCUGCUGGACCCACUCUGACCCAGCCAUGCUCUACUAUCUGAGGUCCCUGAGUGCUCUCAACAACCCACAUCUCCACAUCAGUGUUGGCGUGAAACUCUUCAUUGUUCCAGUUAUGAAUCACACAAAUAUUCCUCAUGGGAGAGUGAACCACAACAAAUAUAUGGUCACUGAUAAAGUAGCCUAUAUUGGGACUUCCAAUUGGUCAGAAGAUUACUUCAUUAACACUGCUGGCGUGGGACUAAUUAUCAAACAGAAUUCAACCAACCUGCAAAGAAGUCAACUGCCUAUCCAGGAACAAUUAAAACAUCUCUUUGAGAGAGACUGGAAUUCCAAGUAUGCAGUAAAUCUGGAAGAUGUGCAGGGACAGAAAGACUGUAACUGGAGAGGCAGACUUUGA